AUGGCCACCCACAAAAACUCCAACUUCCUCUGGCAAUCACACCAUCCGCGAGGGCAUCCGGAACCUUCCACAGAACAUGUGAGCCAAUAUAAAGAAAACUCCUGCCAAGAUUGCAAGAGCCUUGGCAACACGCUGGACAACGCCCUCUCCCCUUCGAGUGGGGCACUGCUCUACCACAGCUUACGAGUCCCCUGGUUUCUGCUGUCUCUGCUCAUGCUUUCCCACUUGCCCCAUGAGGUCUGGAGCACCACCUUCAGAAUCGCCUUGGUUGGGCCAUGGACAUGCGACCCAAUGUACUCCAAAUCCCUGCCUGAGGUGGCAGCACACCUGGCCAUGAGCCGCAUCAACAAGGACCCUCACCUCAACAGAGGCUACUGGUACGACCACGUGCUGGUCCAUGAGGACUGCCAGACAUCGCAGGCCCUGGCUCGCUUCGCCUCGCUCCAGGGCUACGCCUCCGCAUUCCUGGGGCCAGCCAACCCAGGAUACUGCACCGCUGCCGCUCUACUGGCCGAGCACUGGAACACGCCCCUGCUGCCGUGGGUGUGCCCAGGGGUGGGGGCAGGGCCUGAAAUUCGCUCCCCAAAGGUGCUGAGACCACUGCCGCUGGCAUCAAAUGUGCUCUUCGCUGUGCUGCGCUUCUUCCACUGGGCACGCGUGGCCGUGGCGGUGGAGGAGAGCGACUUGUGGGAGGCAACAGCACAUGAGCUCGCUGCCUCGCUGCGCACCCUCGGCCUGCCUGUGCACACUGUUGUCACCAUCAGUGCGGGUGCUGAGGGGUCCCAGUGGGCCCUAGAGAAGAUCCGCGGGGCGGACCGUGUGAAAGUGGUUAUCAUGUGUAUGCAGUCUGCUCUCAUGGGCGGGGAAGUCCAGCGCAGACUACUGACCACAGCUGCGCACAUGCGCAUGGUCGAGCAUGGCUACGUCUUCAUCCCGUUCGACACGCUGCUCUACCCGCUGCCGUACAGGAACGUCAGCUACCCAGUGCUGGCUGAGGAUGCACAGCUACAGAGGGCCUAUGAUGGAGUCCUCACCAUCACCAUGGAUCAAGGGGAGCAGAACUUCUAUGAGGCAUUCAGGGAGGCGCAGGAGAGGAACCAGAUACAAAGCACUGUCACACCUGAACAAGUGUCUCCAUUCUUUGCCUCCAUCUACAAUAUGCUGUACUACACGGCCAUGGUGGUGGAGCAGACCCGAGUGGCGGGCGGCGCCCGCUGGGUGACAGGCGACUCCCUAGCGCGGAGCGAUGGCGGCUUCGAGUUUGCCGGCUUCAACCAGCCACUGUGGGCGGGCGGCGAGGGGCGGGGCAUGCAGGUGCGCUACGCGGUGCUGGACACGGACGGCGUCGGCACCGUCCUGCAUCGCACACACGUUCUGGAGGCAGGGCACACCGAUGGCGGGAGCGGUGCCCUCAGGUACACGGGGCGGUCCAUCCACUUCGCGGGGUCAUCGCCCAGCAGUGACGCCUCCUGCUGGUUCAGCAGCUGCAUGGCCUGCAGUGGCGGUGUGGAUGGAGUCACUUUCUGCUUCCUGUUCCUUCUCUUCUGUGCUUUUGUGGCUGCGAGUUUUUCCCUCUACAAUAUGAAGAAGUCAGGGCAGGUGGGCAUCUUGGGAGUGUUUGGAGGUGGACGAGGGGGACCACCCUCUAAGAUAGUGCUCACGCUGGACGAUCUCGUCUUCAUCAACACGCAACUCAGCAAGAAAAAGCUGAAUGAGGACAGUACAGUGAAGGGUGAGGUAGAUGUGAAGACUCCUUGCCACUCUGUCUCAGGACGCAGCUACAUCACAUCAACUCCUGAAAACUCCAGCGUGGCUGUGUUUGAGGGUGACUGGGUGUGGCUUAAGAAAUGUCCUAGUGAAGGCUCCUUCUCAGACGUCAGCAAGAUCACACAGGCUGUAUUCAUUCAGCUGAGGGAUAUGCGUCAGGAGAACCUGAAUCUGUUCCUUGGGCUGUUCCUGGGGUCCGGAAUCUUUGGCAUUGUGACGGAGCACUGCACACGAGGCAGCCUGGAGGACCUGCUCAGCAACAAGGAGAUGAAGCUGGACUGGAUGUUCAAGUCCUCCCUACUCAUGGAUCUGGUCCGGGGAAUGAAGCACCUGCACAGUCAUGGGGUCGUUCAUGGCCGCCUAAAGUCACGCAACUGUGUGGUGGACAGCCGCUUUGUUCUAAAGGUGACGGACUAUGGCCUGAAUGAGAUCAUGAACUCCCUAAACAUCGCUGUGGAGAACCGCAGACCAGAGGAUCAGCUGUGGACGGCGCCGGAGAUGUUGAGGAGUGGGAAGCAGAUGCUGAAGGGCACAAGUGCUGCUGACGUCUUCAGCUUCUCCAUCAUCAUACAGGAGGUGAUCUCCCGCAGUACGCCCUACUGCAUGCUGGAUAUACCCCCGCAAGAGAUCAUAGAUAAGGUGCGCUCUCCUCCUCCUCCUCUCUGCCGGCCUUUUGUUUCUGUGGAUGAGGCCCCACUGGAGGUGAUCCAGAUCAUGAAGCAGGCCUGGAGUGAAGAUCCACACCUCAGACCCACGUUUGAGGAGAUCUUCAAACAGUUUAAGAGCCUCAGAAAGGGGAAGAAGACGAACCUCAUUGACUCCAUGCUGCGUAUGCUGGAGCAGUACUCCACCAACCUGGAGGACCUGAUCCGUGAGCGCACGGAGGAGCUGGAGGUAGAGCGGCAGAAGACCGACGCCCUGGUGGCACAGAUGCUGCCCAAGUCUGUGGCCCUGGCUCUGAAGAAAGGCAAACCAGUUACUCCGGAGCACUUCCUCGAGGCCACGCUGUACUUCAGCGACAUUGUGGGCUUCACCACAAUCUCGGCUCUCAGCGAGCCUAUCGAGGUGGUGGACCUCCUCAACGACCUCUACACACUCUUCGACUCCAUCAUUGGCAUGCAUGACGUCUACAAGGUGGAGACCAUUGGUGACGCAUACAUGGUAGCAUCUGGGGUUCCCAUCCGUAACGGCAACCGGCAUGCUGCUGAAAUGGCCAACAUGUCCCUAGACAUCCUGUCCUGCAUCAGCACGUUCAAGAUGAGACACAUGCCUGGUGUUAAAGUCAAAAUCCGCAUCGGACUGCACUCUGGUCCAGUAGUAGCAGGAGUAGUGGGCUUGACCAUGCCUAGGUAUUGUCUGUUUGGGGACACAGUAAACACAGCAUCACGGAUGGAGUCCACAGGCUUGCCUUACAGAAUACAUGUCAACCAGAGCACAGUCAGGGUUCUUAGAGAGCUCAGACUUGGAUACCAAAUAGAAAGAAGGGGCAAGACAGAACUUAAGGGUAAAGGAUUUGAGGAGACAUUCUGGUUGGUGGGGAGGGAGGGGUUCACCAAGCCUCUCCCUAUCCCCCCUGACCUUACCCCGGGGGCGAGUAACCAUGGAAUCAGCCUGGAGGAGAUUCCCCUAGACAGACGGCAGAGGUUCCUUGAUCGCCAAAAGCGGAUGGGUUAAAAAAAUACAAAACAAAGCCUUCAGGUGGUGAUGUCCACGUUCCUCCAGCAGCCAUCUGUAGACUGUCGGCAGUCGGCGGCAGAGAUAGACAGGGGGGCUGUGG